UUUGACAAGUGGCGACCAACCUGAAUUCGCUAAAAGCGAUUCGAACGAUAAAUGUAGAUCUUUUGGGCCGUAAAAUCAAUAAUUACCACAAAAAGGCAGCGUCAAAAUAAAAGUGAAGUAUAUGUUCAGUUAUUCCAUAACGCAGACGUAACCAGCUCUGUCAGAUAAUGCUUAACUAAUAACAUUAAAAAGUAUUAACACAAGCCUGUCAUGCGAAUCUUAUGUAACCAUAUUUUGUUCGUGAAAUAACUGCAUCGUACGCUGAUUGGUGUCGUCUACCUUUUCGUUAAGGGUAAGUACGUUCAAUAAGCGAAAAUGCUACGACGCUGCUCGAAGCACAUCCAGACGCUGUACCGGCGUCAGGGCCAGUCCAUCCGCUUCAAGUCAACAACUCAAACGCCCAAAAUACUUGCACCCUUACACGCAACCAAACUGAACCAACCGAGAGCUCUGGUCGCCCACAAUCAAGUAGCAUCCAUCCACUUCACGAAUCCCCUGCUUGUAGAGCAAGAUGUGACCACUCCAAGUUUCCCGGACUCCGUUUCUGAAGGUGACGUCAAAUUAGAUAAGAAAGUGGGAGACAGCGUAGCCGCCGAUGAAGUGGUCCUGGAAAUCGAGACGGACAAAACCGCCAUUCCGGUCAUGGCGCCCGGCCAUGGUGUCAUCAAGGAGUUGUAUGUCAAAGACGGAGAAACCGUUAAAGCUGGACAAAAGCUGUUUAGGUUAGAGAUCACAGGGGAAGCACCUAAAAAGGCUGCAGCUACUGAGGCUCCGAAAGUUGAUACGCCACCGCCGCCGCCGCCGCCCCCUCAAGCUGCCGCUCCGCCUCCGCCACCACCUCCCGCCGCGGCAGCUCCUCCCCCACCACCCCCACCUACCCCUAAAGCCGCUCCGCCUCCACCCGCUGCUCCCAUCUCUUCAAUUCCAGUCGCCGCCAUCCGCCACGCUCAGGCGAUCGAGACGGCCACUGUUAAAGUCCCUCCACAGGACUACAGCAAAGAGAUCGCCGGUACGCGCACCGAGCAGCGGGUCAAGAUGAACAGGAUGAGGCAACGCAUCGCUCAGCGUUUGAAGGACGCUCAGAACACGAACGCCAUGUUGACGACAUUCAACGAGAUCGACAUGUCCCACAUCAUGGCAUUCCGUAAGAAGCACCUCGACACCUUCACUAAGAAGCACAGCAUCAAACUCGGUCUGAUGUCACCUUUCGUGAAGGCGGCCGCCAACGCCCUGAUGGACCAGCCCGUGGUGAACGCUGUUAUCGAAGAAAACGAGAUAAUUUAUAGGGACUACGUAGAUAUUUCGGUAGCGGUCGCCACACCGAAAGGUCUCGUCGUGCCGGUCAUCAGAAACGUUCAGAACAUGACUUAUGCUGAUAUCGAGCUCACCAUAGCUGGGCUAGCGGAAAAAGCGAGAACCGGCAAGCUCACGAUCGAAGAAAUGGACGGCGGAACGUUCACCAUCAGCAAUGGUGGCGUUUUCGGGUCUCUGAUGGGAACGCCAAUCAUCAAUCCGCCUCAAUCUGCUAUACUGGGUAUGCACGGCAUCUUCGAGCGGCCCAUCGCUCUGAACGGCCAAGUCGUGAUCAGGCCCAUGAUGUACAUUGCCCUAACUUACGACCACAGGCUGAUAGACGGCCGCGAAGCUGUACUCUUCCUCAGAAAGAUCAAGGAAGGCGUCGAAGAUCCCGCCACUAUCGUCGCUGGCUUGUAAAAUCUAAGACAAACACCAUCCGACCAUAACAAAAGACGAUAAUAGAAUAACAGUUACCAGCCGAAGGAUGUUUAAUGUUUAAUCAUGUAAAUGUUACGAAUAUCGUCACUUUCGAGGUAGCCGCCGCGCGGGGUGCACGUCUUUUUUCUCACAUUUCUUUUUUUUUUUAGUUCUUUUUUUUUUGUUUGUUCGUUGUAACUAUUUAUUGAACGCGCACGCUUCGAACUUCGGUUACGUUUUAUUUGUAUUAUUUAUCGUGAUUUUUAGUAAUAAUUAAUAAGAGAUGUACAAUUUAAAAGAAAUACCGACGACCUCAGAGUGUUGUUUUAUUAUAAUUUAUUUUCUUUUCGUUUUGAAUGUUACACCGUCGAAUUGCUGUAUUAGGCUCGUAUGCUUGUUGUGCAUACGAACAAUAAAGAAAUUACUUAAAAAA